UCGUGUGGGGGUGUUUUGCAUCUGUGUUGACAUUCUGGCCUGCUAAGCGAUAUGAGGUCGUAGCGAAGUGCUGUAAGACUCUAAUUUCAUUCAACUGUAAUGACACCGUUGUUAUAUCAUAUCACGGAGAUAAAGGAAGCGAUCUAAUGUAACGGAGAAAUAAAAGCCGAUCUUAAGAUGCUGCUGUCCUUGGGUAUGCUGAUGCUCUCUGCCACCCAGAUUUACACCAUCUUCACAGUUCAGAUUUUUGCCUUCCUCAAUCUUCUGCCUGUGGAGGCCGAUAUAUCAGCAUAUUCCUUCGACAAUAAAACUGAGAACUUUGAUGAUCUUCCUGCUCGGUUUGGCUACAGGCUGCCCAGUGAAGGACUAAAGGGCUUCCUGAUUGGUGCCCGUCCGGAGAAUGCCUGCGAGCCGAUCGAACCUCCGCCCCUGAGGGAUAACCUCACCAGCGCUUUCAUAGUGCUGAUCAAGCGCUUCGACUGUAAUUUCGACAUCAAGGUCCUUCAUGCGCAGAAGGCCGGCUACAAGGCAGCGAUUGUCCACAAUGUGGAUUCUGAUGACUUAAUCAGCAUGGGAUCCAAUGAUCUUGAUCUUCUGAAGCAGAUAGACAUUCCUUCAGUUUUUAUUGGUGAAGAAGCAGCCAACUCCCUCAAACAGGAUUACAUCUAUGAGAAAGGUGGUCAUGUUGUUCUCAUGCCAGAUUUCAGUUUGCCUCUGGAAUAUUACCUGAUCCCAUUCCUCAUCAUUGUGGGUAUCUGCCUUAUCCUCAUUGUAGUCUUCAUGAUCACAAAGUUUGUACAGGACAGACACAGAGCCAGGAGAAGCCGCUUGCGCAAAGACCAGCUGAGGAAACUCCCAAUUCACAAGUACAAGAAAGGUGAUUCCUAUGACGUUUGUGCCAUUUGUUUGGACGAGUAUGAAGAAGGCGAGAAACUUCGGGUCCUGCCAUGCUCACAUGCCUACCACUGCAAAUGUGUCGACCCAUGGCUGACCAAAACCAAGAAGACCUGUCCAGUGUGUAAGCAGAAAGUAGUGCCGUCCGAGGGCGGGUCGGACUCUGAAUCUGAAUCUGGUGACAGCGGUGCCGAGGAGAACGAAGUGUCUGAAAAUACGCCUCUGCUACGAUCUCUGGCCUCGACCAGCGCCCAUUCCUUCGGAACCAUGUCCGGCUCACCCUCCCAGCACGAACCGGAGUCAUCGGACUACGACGAGCACAGCGACACAACCGACAGCGAGGAGGAAGUCACCGUGGAAACGGUGGUGGUUCAGCUGCAGCAGGGGCAUCCGGACAUGGACAUGGAAGCAAACGCUUGAGAUGUUAGCCAAAGCUAACACGGACUUAGUGGGGAUUUCAAUGCACCUGGAGCAACAGUUCACAAUCACUUAUACGUUAACGUAACAAAUUUUAUGUACACAACGUGUUGUCUAGAGCUCUGCGAAACUUGAAACUAUGCAGAAACGUUUUAUAAUUUACGAUCCCCCAAUGCAACAUUUUCGCCAACCUGCUCUAAAAUAGAAAUUGUGCUUUGAUUACGUGCUGACAAAAUGCCAAACUCAUAUCAGACGUGUGUCCAACCGCAAAAAUAACUGCAUGUUUUUAUACGACAAAGACUUUGAUGGGUCCACAAAAUGUGUGGAUGCACCAAUACUGAUGUCAGCUUUAGUUAACAAUAACAAAAUUAACUGUUCUAAAUAUCAAGCACUCAAGUGAUCUUGGAAAUGUAAUAAGGUAACACAAUGAAAUACUGUAAGUUAUAGUUUGUUAUGUAGAUAUGAAAGGGUUUUUUGAUAACCUAAACUGUAUAAGAUGUCUGGUUGCCUUUUAAAUGUUGCUUUGAUGUAAAUGUAAUGUUCUGCUCACUCUAGUUUUCAAGUAGUCUUUUCAUUUUCCUUCAUGAAUAAAAUUCUAAAUCUUU